ACACCUUUGGACGCGUGUUGUUGUUUAGUACGCACAACAACAGUUCUUCCGACGAAUUCCUUGAGACUUGUCGCAUCCAUCGAGCAAAAAUGACUGAAAGUAAUAAACAAACCGUUAAAUGGAGAAGGCACGAGAUUGAAGAAAAAAUUGGAUUAGAUCAAUUUAAAAACAACCAAUUAUGGACUGGAAAUUUUUAUUUUGUGGUUGUGGCUGACAGUCAAUUUGGUUACAAUCCUACUGUAUCUACAGUACGAGGUUCUAAAGAUUGGAAAGUAAAAAUGGAUAAAGCUAUUUUUGCAAUAGAUAAAAUUAAUAAAUUGUCUCCGAGACCUCAAUUUUUAGUUGUUUGUGGAGAUUUAGUUAAUGAAAUGCCUUAUAACGAAGCUGUGCUAAAUGAAUUACAAGUAAAUGAUUUUAAGAAAAUUUUCUCAAACUUACAUCCUUCUAUAUCUCUGAUUUGUGUGUGUGGAAAUCAUGAUAUUGGUGAUAUGCCAGAUGAAAAUUCAAUCAACAAAUAUCGUGAUAAUUUUGGCCAAGAUUAUUUUUCAUUUUGGUGCGGUGGAGUACUAUUUUUAGUAUUAAACUCUCAAUAUUAUAAAAACAGUUGUGAUGUCGAAAAAUAUGCAGCAGAACAAGAUCAAUGGUUAACUGAAAUAUUGAGUAAGCACAAGGGUCAAAGAAUAAUUGUAUUUCAACACAUACCGUGGUUUUUAAAUAAAAUAGAAGAGAAAAUUCCAAAAUGCAGUAUUGAAAAAAAUGUUAGCGAAAAAAUGCUUGAAAAACUAUAUAAAGCUGGUGUAUCUCAUGUUUUUUCUGGUCAUCAUCACAUAAACUCAACUGGUUUCUAUAAAGACCUUGAAAUAGUUAUUACUUGUGCACUUGGAGCUCCAAUAGGAGAAGAUCCUUCUGGACUAAGAAUAGUCAAAAUGUAUGAAAACAAUGUUAUACACACAUAUUAUCCUUUAGAACAGAUACCAAGUUCUAUUAUAAAUUAAAAUAUUUAGUAUAAUUUGAAAUUUAAUAGCAUAUAAAUCAAUACAAAUGUUGAUAAAGA